AUGGAACCGACGUUUGAAUCUGAUGAUGUUGCUUCAGAGAGGCCUUUCCCUUCCACCCGACUCACACCAUUUCUCAAGCGAAUAGAGUAUGAUCCAAGAACACCUCCUGUGUUGUUUGUCGGAGACAAAAUUGGGAUACGUGGCUUCGUAAUGGCUGGUAACGAAUCCCGUCUAAGGCAGCGGAUCCAGUCGUCGCAAUUACUCGUCAAUGAAUUCAGGUUUCUCAAGAAAAUCUGGCGGCCGGAUCCGAUAUUCACGAAUGCAAAGUCGGCUACGUUCCAAAAGGUAACCUACCUCAAUUUCUACAUGUAUAUUUUUCCUGGAGGAGAAGUUUUUCUGGAUUUUCGGGUGUAUUUGAAGCCGACAGCUGCUGAAAUCGUCCUUUGUAAAUAUUCACAUGAUAAUCCGGCCUGUUCGUUGAAGAUCACCUCACUGGGUUUCACAUCUGAUGCGGUAGAGUUCGAGUGGUUUUCCGAGCCGUCCGAUGCUAUUCAGCUUAAUCGAGAUCUCGAAAUACCUGAACUCUCUUUGGUCGAUGUGAAAGCUGAGACAUGUGAUGGAUCGCGUAAAUCAGCAAACUUACUCGGUAUGAUGGCAAAUUCUUCUUACAUGCGAAGAGCUUGGAUUCCAGCUUGCUACAGACGCUACAUCCCAACGACGAUAUGCGUCGUCUUUCAUGGAUCAGUGUUUGGCUUCCUGAAGAGUUUGUUGAAGCGCCGAGAAGCAACUCGGCUAAAGAAGAACUGCCCAAGGUCUCUCUACAUAAAGGCAAUCGACAUCUGGUUCGGUUUCACUUCAGUGUUUGUCUUUCUAACUAUGCUUCAAGGAUUAGCUGUCAUCACUUUGGAACACCAUAGCAAAACAAUUCGAAGAAAAUGCGAAGAAAACCUUGAAGAUUAUAACAAGUAUAAGAUAAUGCUACUGAUGUUACGCAGUCGAUAUUAUCAUCGAACGGCUAGGAAAGUCGAUGAAUUUUGCAAGGUGAUGUAUCCAGUGACGUUUCUUCUCUUCUUGAUGAUCUAUGUGUUCGUUAUCAUUCAAGGAGACGAAGACAAAUGCUUACAGAAAUAA